AUGGCCGGCGAGUCGAUAGCUGACGAUGCUUUCGACUCCCAGCUCUGGUUCACAGAGGACCUGGCCGCGCUGACCUCCGACAAGACGGGCUUCGACCCCCUCAUGAACCCGGCUCCAUUCGUCUAUGGCCUUCAGCUACCCCCGUCGCCUAGCUCGUGGGGUUCCGGCUUUCCUACGGGGGAGGGGGAUCCAAUUUCCCUGUCGCUCCAAACACCGGCCGACCGACGAACAUCGGUCGCGUCGCAUCAGGAAUUGACAUCGCUAGGGCCCCCCGGUGAGGGCGUAGUCCUUAACCCGCUCCCGACCGGCACAAUCCUGUCUCAGUCAUCAUCACCGCAUAGCCAGGGUCCGGCUCACUUGCCACAACACCCAGCCGAUAUCCGACAAGCACUGCAGAUCAUCUCCGACUACCCCGCCCAGAUGCUAUCAAAGACCUCGCAGUCGCCCUUUAUACAUUACCGGCUCGCCCACGGCUCGCGCCAGGGUAUGCCUGAGCCGAUCGCCAUCGCGCUGGCCUGUGUGGGCAUGAAGCUGCAGUCUCAGAGUCCGGCGAAGAACUUUGUGUGUAAUACUUUCCGCGACCAGCGGGAGAAAAUCAUUGCCGAAUUACCAACCGGUCCUCAGAGCCUCGAGGAUAUCUGCUCCUACCUCCACGCUUUGUCCAUAUAUCAAAUCGAAGGACUCUUAUCUUCAAAUCGAUAUGAAGCCCCAUUUUCAUCCGCUGAGCUUCAUCACGAAUAUCUCAUCAAAAUGACGCGUCGCUUAGGCCAAACUCAUCACGCAAUUCUUUUGGGGAGCAGUCCAGAGACCCAAUGGGAAACAUGGUUUGUCAAUGAGACAUUUCGCCGCACGUUUUAUCUAGUGUUUCUCAUUCACCACCUUCUGGGCGCUAGCAAGAGAUUAAUGCCUGCUUAUUUCGAGCCGCUGCUGGCCUUGGCCGAGCUGCGAUUGCUGCGUUUGCCCUGUGGGGAGGAGAUGUGGAAUGCGCCGAACGCAGAGGAUUGGACUCGAGCCCGCCAGCACCUGGACCAGCAACACCUGAAUGGUUUGAGCCUGGGUGAAGUUCUGGAUGCUAUGACUGCUGAGGGUGACUCGUUAGAACAGUCGUUAAGGGUAGGCAUGUUGGGCGAGCUGCCGCGACUGAUCAUCAGUGUGGUGAACAGUACCUAG